AUGGAGCGAAGUAUGGAUCCUUCGCUUACUUCUCACGAUGAAGUUCAGCCGCUUUUAGCUCCCAAUAGUCGCCGAAGAGGAGAUUCAGUGGCGUCUUUUAUCAGUCGAGGCAGGGCUAAUACCGUUAAUAGCCUCAAAUCAGGGUACGAGACGGUGAAAAGACAUAAAGUACAGUUCUUAACCUGUCUUUUUGGUGCAAUAUUUCUAUAUUUGGGUUUUACUUUGGCAUUUCUCCCAAGAACAUCUCUCUCAAGAGACCUCAGGAGGCUUCAUUUCAGCAGUUACACUAAAGCGGAAGCUUAUAGGGUAUACCUAGAAGCCUUAACCGAAAAAAAUGAAUUGAAAAAACACUUGCGGAAUUACACGGCCCAUCGUCACCUGUCUGGAGAUGAGCGUGUUUUUCAAUACACCUUUGAUACGCUAAAAUCUUAUGGUUUUAGCCCAUCAGUCGAGAAAUAUUACCCAUGGCUUAAUGAGCCCAUCGACACGGAAAUAUCACUUUGGGAGAAUGGACAACUGAAACUAUCUGCUAGCAAAAUGGAGGACCCUCUAGAUGAGGAUCCUUCGUCACAAGCGGGAGACUCGGUGCCUGCAUUUCACGGCUACUCGGCGAAUGGAGAUGUCACUGCCAGAUUUGUGUUCUGCAAUUAUGGGCGCCUCGACGAUUAUAAAUUUAUGGAGAACCAAGGAAUUGAAUUAGAGGGCAAGGUACAUAUUAUAAGAUACGGUUCGAUGUUUAGGGGGCUAAAGGUCAAGAACGCUGAAGCGCAUGGGGCCGCUGCUGUGAUUCUUUACACCGACCCUUUUGAUGACGGCGAAAUGACUGUCAAAAAUGGGCACAAAGCUUAUCCAGAAGGGCCUGCGAGGAAUCCCAGCGGUAUUCAAAGAGGUUCUGUUGAGUUUUUUACGGAAAGCCCCGGCGACCCUACUACGCCAGGGUAUGCAUCGAAGUCCCGCAGCAUGCGUAGAGACUCGCCUGCGGGGAGGGUACCGGGAAUUCCUUCUGUACCGAUGAGCGCGCGGGAUGCGUCGAAAAUCCUUGUCUAUUUGAACGAACAGGGUGUGCGCAUUGGCAAGGGAGGUGACAUUCAGAAUUUUGAUUACUUUACUGGACCCUCUCAAGAGAAUGUAAAGAUAAGGGUGUACAACGAGCAAAAAUACGAAAUUAAGGAAACGAAGGAUAUUAUUGUGGAGAUUCCAGGUAUUUUGAGGGGAAGUUCUGUGAUUAUUGGCAAUCACAGAGACUCGUGGACUGUUGGAGGCGCUGGCGACCCAAAUAGUGGAAGUUCGAUUUUAUUGGAGAUCGCGCGCGGUUUAGAUGAGCUGCGUUCUAAGGGCUGGAAACCUUUGCGAACUAUAAAGCUGAUAAGCUGGGAUGCAGAGGAGCCCGCCAUGAUUGGAUCGACAGAAUAUGGUGAAGAUCACGCAGACAAAUUAAAGAAGGAAGUUUUGGCUUAUUUUAAUCUUGAUACAGCGGUUAGUGGAUGGAAAUUCACAUGCGAAGCUAACCCAUUGUUGGCGAAUCUGCUUAGAAAGGCUGCUCAUCUUACACCAUUCUCACAUCAGCCUGAGCAUACGCUUUACGAUUAUUGGCUGGAUCAAUCAAGUGCAGAAGUUGGAAUUUUGGGUUCAGGCACUGAUUUUGCUGUGUUUCAGAAUCACUUGGGGAUUCCCUCCGUUAACAUAAAGUUUGAAGACAAUAAAGUGUCGGAUGCGGUUUACCAAUACCAUACCAACUACGAUUCUUACACUUGGAUGGAAAAGUUUGUAGAUCCCGAGUAUGAUCUGCAUAACACCUUGGCCAUGUUUGUUGGUCUUUCUGCGUUGAUGUUGACGGAAAAUGAGCUUGUAUCUUUCCAGUCAACACCUUACGUGCAACUUAUCAAGAACUAUUUUGACAGAUGGCAUACGCUUCUAUUGGAGACUUUCAAAUCGCAGUCAAACGUCAUUAAGAAAGCUUCAAAUGUUUCUGAACUGUUAAGCUACCUCGCUUUUAACAUUACAGGACCUUUUGACGACCACUUGGCCCAUUUGAGGCAACAGACAACUACUGACUACCCGUUCUGGUCAUUUUACAAGAAAAUUGGCAUUUAUCUAAGAUUGUCGGGCAUAAACAAGAGAUUAAAAACGCUAGACCGUUUGUUCUUGACCGAAAUGGGACUUAAGGAUCGAGAAUGGAUGAAGCAUGCUAUUUUCGGGCCCGAUAAGUUCGAAGGCUAUAUUGGGGAUGUUCUGCCAGGUUUGCACGAAGCCAUUUUAUCGCGAGAUGAAGCAGAGGCUGAAAAAUGGCUAGAAAUUCUGGAAUACCAGAUUUCAAAAAUGAUCAAGCUACUGACGCUAGAUUGA